AUGAUAACUGUCCGUACUCUUAUCCGCGUGACGAAAAACGUAAAAACACCGUCACCAACAGACAUAAAAACGCCGUCACCAACAGGCCUGAAAAAUGACAGCACUGCGAGGGGUCCUGCGACGACAGAGCCCUCAUACCCAAGGGAAAAUGAUAACCGGACCACCAUGAUCCUUGCAGCUGGCUUUGUAACGUCGUGUGUGUCAGUUGUGGCUUUGGUAUUAGCUUUUGUGUACUACCGCCGACAUAAAAAACACAAACGCAUUAAGCUUGUGAAUCCUCUGACAGAGCUGAAAUUUGAGUUUGAUGCAUUCAUUAUAUACAGUUCAAAAGACUCAGAAUGGGUGGUAAAAACCCUUCUUCCAACUCUUGAGGAAAAGCAUGGGUUAAAGUGCUGUGUACACUACAGAGAUUUCACUCCUGGAAUACCCAUCCGGCAAAAUAUGGUUGACAGCAUUUACAAAUGCAAGAAAACGGUGGCUGUUGUCUCUUCUAAUUUCUUCAAUAGUAACUACUGCGGAUCUGAGCUAGAUUACGCCCUCCACCGACUUAUAGUAAAAAUGAUAACAGCCUAGUUGUUAUCAAACUUGAUGAUGUUGACAGAAAUAAAUUGCCGAAGGAACUUCAAAACAGAAGCUACAUAGACUAUCCAAAGUCAAUUGAAAAGGAAACAUGGGAGAAAAAGUUGAUAAAAUGUUUGAAGGUCAAUAGCUAAAUAGAAAAUUAUGAUUGACUGUUCAUAAGCAUCAUAACGGCAAGCAUUUUCAGUGUGUAAUAAGAACAACAGGAGCAUUUAUUUGUAUUGCAACUUGUAAAGUCAAAACUUGUAAGUUACCUGUUGAAAUAAUGUUCUUUGAAUCUUUUCUGCAGCGGUAAAGUAAAAUUUUGACCUUAACAACUAGGUUGUCUCUUCUUGCAUGUCAGCAUUACAACAGAUAAGUCGGGUGAGACAUAUCUUCAAGGAAGAUUCACGAAUAACAAUCAUAAACGCGUUAGUCUUUUAAGUAGACUGUACUAUUGUUCUUCGGUUUGGUCUAACACCACUGAAACAAACACUAGGAAGUUGCAAAGUGUUCUAAAUUUUGCUGCCCACAUAGUUAGCGAUACUAAGAUAUACGACUACGUAUCUUCAUUGUUAACGAGACUGAGGUGGUUCCCAGUAAAUACCAAUUUAUAUUUUAGAGAUACAGUUAUGGUUUUAAAUGUAUGACGGGCAUGGCUCAAGAGUAUUCAGGCAACAAAAUUAUCUCUAGAGGUAACAUAAGUGGACGGGCGAGUAGAACUUCGCAACAAUUAAAUAUUCCAUUAUUGAAAACUAAAACAGGGCAGCGAUCCUCUUUU